UGCAGAAACUGCAGCUAAUUCAACCAAGCUCCCAGUUUGGAGCUCUUGGGUACCUUUGCCCUCCUUGGGAUGCAAGUGGUUGAUUGCUGCUCCUAGCACCCACCAAGCCCUCUGCAGUGCAGUUUCUUCCAAUUCAAAACACUGCUCACUCCUCACCUCUCUCCCCAUCUUCCACCUUCCCCAUAGUGUGCGCUGGCACUCAGGGACAUAUUCCUUCAGGCGAGCACUGCAGCGGUGCUGCUUAUCCCUGCCUGAGUGCUGCUGACCUUCCUCUCUCACUGAAGGCUGGAAGCACCUGUAACAAACCAUUCCAGCCAAAUAGUUCAGGUUACAGGCAGUCCCAACCAACUUUGUGAGUGACAUAGGGCAGGUCCCCAAAUCCCAUGCAGGUGACAGGCCAGACAGGAAGAUAACUGACACCAGCACGCCCCUCCACGAGGGACGUAACAGCCAGCCUGCAAGUAGGCAAGAGGGGUCAGAGCUGCUCUUGCUCAGCACCAAGGAGCCCACACUGCAUUCACGUGGCAGAGACCUGGGAACAGAGGCAGAGCAUUUCCCCAGCCUGCUCGAUAGCCUGGGCUGGUUGCUAUGGCUUUCCCAGACAGUCUCACUGCACAAACCUGUGGAAUUUAAAAGCAAACUCUGCCAGCUGGAGUAGGGUAUGUAAGGAACAGGCUAUGAAGAGGAAAGAAGACAACACCAAAGAUUUACAGCACCAAGGGAAAAACAUGAACGCAACUAAUGACAACUUAGCCAACCCCACCACCUGGCAGCACGCUGAAGGUGAUUUUCUCAACUGCACUGACGUGCAAGUUGGUCUGAAGACUUUGUACCUCCCCAUUAUGUACAGCAUUAUCUUCCUGGUGGGCUUCCCAGGAAACGUCAUUGCAAUUUGUUUUUACAGCUUCAAGAUGAGACCUUGGAAGAGCAGCACCAUAAUCAUACUGAACCUUGCAUUCACAGACCUGCUUUACCUCACCAGCCUGCCCUUCCUGAUACACUACUAUGCCAACGGGGAGCACUGGAUCUUUGGUAACUUCAUGUGCAGGUUCAUCCGCUUUGGCUUCCACUUCAAUUUGUACAGCAGCAUCCUCUUCCUUACCUGUUCCAGUGUCCUCCGCUAUGUGGUGAUUGUCCACCCUAUGAAGUUCUUCCACAUCCAGAAGAAGCGGUGGACAGCAGUGGCUUGUGCAGCCAUUUGGGUGAUCUCACUGGCAGUUGUCAUCCCCAUCAACUUCUUAAUCUCUUCAAAAGAGGAACAAAACAGAUCCUUAUGCCUUGACCUUACCAGCUCUGAAAACCUGGGCACAAUCAGGUGGUAUAUCUGGCUGCUGACCAGCCUGGGCUUCUUCUUGCCCUUGCUGACUGUGACUUUGUGCUAUGUGCCCAUUAUUUACACCUUGGUUACUGGGCCCCACACACGGGCUUGCUACAAACUAAAGGCUCGCAGACUUGCCAUUGUCCUCUUGGUGGUCUUCUACGUGUGCUUCCUCCCCUUCCACAUCUUUCGUGUGGCUCGGGUUGAACUACGGUUGUGUCCAUUCAGCUGUCACACGGAAAAACAAAUCCACUCUGCUUAUAUCAUCUCCCGGCCACUGGCUGCACUGAACACAUGUGGAAACCUCCUGCUUUAUGUUGUGAUUGGAGGUAACUUCCAACAGGCCAUGCUCUCUCUUUCAAGGUGUAAGUGGAACAAAUACAUCCAGCAGACCAGGAGCAACAACUACCUGACCAAGUCAGAAAUUACAUUAAAGUUAUGAGAUAAUCCCUUGAAGAAAAUCCCAGCCUUUGGUGCUGUAAGGUCCUGGAAAGGCAGGUGUGUUGAUAUGGUAGCAAGAAUUGCAACUGGCUUCCUCUCCCUGCUGUAGCACACUUCUCCAAAAGCUGUCUAGGGAGCAGGUUUAUAUACACCUCUAUUAGCAACCAAAGAAAGAGGAGUGAAAAGAUUAGUAAGCCACCUUGAAGAUGAAAUCUAAAACCAACCAGCCCGACUGUUUCCAAAAUAAUCUGGGAAACAAAGGGUGCUCUCACUCCAGGCUUUGCAUUUGCUUACAGAAACAUGGAGAGGUUAGUACGGACAUGAGAACAACUUCCAUUGAUUUCAUUGUUGUCACUGAUGUACUGCUUUGUUUAUUAUAGCCAGAGCAAAACACAGCAGAUACUGUCACGGUUGCUGAAACCCUGAAUUACCUAGAAGGCACCUAGAUAAAUCAUCACUUUCAAAUUAGAUGGACCUGAUGAACUUCAGCAUAGGGCACCAAGGAACUGAAUGGUGAAACCUCAGAGCUAGCCUAGGGGAGGAUGAGAAGAGUACCAGAGGAG